AUGGCUGCUGUUCAGAACGGUCACACAAAUGGUCUUGAUGGCCACGAUGAUGACGCCCCGGCCGCUCUCGUUCGAUUCUCACACAUUCCUGCGGCGCUCGAUGUACCGCUCUCGAGUGGUGACGCCGAGGAGGCCGUCGAGGUCAACCUGGAAGAUCUGAUGGACGAUCCCACCGAGCUGUGUACCUUGCUCGAGAACGAGAAUGUCGCUCGUGGAUACUGGAUGACCAUCGCGCUGGCCUAUGCCAAGCAACAAAAGGUCGACCACGCCAUUGACAUUGUCACAAGGGGCCUCAGCUCUCUGUCGCGUAACGCAAAGCCCGAAGACAAGCUGUCGCUGCUCUCGUGUCUAUGCUGGCUGCGCUUGUGGCAAUGCAGAGAGGCUCCUCGUCUGAAGCCUGACACGCAGUUGGCUUCGGAAGCACGCAACAAGGAGUACUACAUCCACCAGGCCACCAGUACCCUGAACGAGGCCUCGCGCAUCAGUCCGACUUACCCUCCUCUCUUCCUCGCUCGCGGUGUCCUCUACCUCCUCCGCGCUUCGCUACAGCCAAACAAGUCUUCCUCGUCUGCCCAAGAAACCGAACGCCUCGAUACCCUUCGCCAAGCCGCAAAAUGCUUCGAGGAUUCUUUGCGCGCUUCUCAAGGCCGCAACAUGAUGGCUGUCAUGGGCAAGGCAAGAGCCCUCUUCUCUCUUGGCAAAUACGCCGAUGCUCUCCACAACUACCAGUCCGCUCUUGAGCGCGCUCCACAACUCCAGGAUCCGGAUCCGAGAAUUGGAAUUGGCUGCUGUUUCUGGCAACUUGGUCACAAGGAUGAAGCCCACGACGCGUGGCAGCGAGCUCUGGAGGUACACCCAACCUCGAAGAUCGCAAACAUCCUGCUUGGUCUGUACCACCUCGACCAAAGCGCAAAGUUCCCCACCACCGAUCCCGAGUUCCAGCAACACUACAAGAAGGCCAUGACCGAGUACACCCAGACCGCGUGGAAGCUCGACAACAAGUUCCCCCUGACUUGCGCAACCUUCGGAAACUACUUUAUCCUGAGAAAGGCUUGGCCCACCGUCGAGCGCUUGGCUCGUCAGGCAAUCGAAGCCACGGAUGUCAAUGCAAUCGCUAGUGACGGUUGGUAUCUGAUGGCCCGCAAGGAACACACCGAGGGCAAUGUUGCCAAGGCUUCAGAUUACUACAACAGAGCCGACCAAGCUAGAGGUGGAGAUGACAAAGGCUACUUGCCUGCCAAGUUCGGUGCUGCUCAGCUCAAGAUCCUGUCCAAAGACUGGAGUGGUGCCAAGUUCCGUCUCGAGAGCAUUGUACAGUCUAGCAAGAGCCCUGAGGCCAUGACUCUACUUGGUCUUCUCUACGCAGAGGAAGUCUACGCCAACCAGGACGCCAGCUCCAAGGAAGACAAAUCGUCCGAGACGAGAAAGGCUAUUGGUCUUUUGGAGGGUGUCCGCAACACUUGGAAGGAUCCCAAGAAGAAGGCUACCCCGGAUUCCUACGUCCUCCUGAACUUGGCCAGACUCUACGAGAUUGAGAACCCCGAGAGGAGUCUUCAAUGCCUUCAGCAAGUCGAGCAGAUGGAGAUGGAUGAUAUUGAUGAAGAGGACCGUCCGGACACCAAGGACGAAGCCGAACUCAAGACUGCCCUUCGCGAGAUGCUUCCUCCACAACUGCUCAACAACAUGGCCGCUUUCCACUUCCAAGCAGAACGUUUCAGCCAGGCCAGAGAUUUGUUCCAAAAUGCCCUCAACGCUUGUGUCAAGGCUGGUGCAAAGGACAGCGAACUGGAUACCGACUCUCUUGUUACUUCCAUCAGCUACAACUUGGCCAGAACCUAUGAAGCUGAGCACAUGCUGGAAGAGGCCAACCAAGUUUACCAAGGUCUGCUCGAGCGUCAUCCCGAUUACACCGAUGCCCGCAUCAGACUUGCGUAUAUUGCACUCCGCGAAAAUCCCUCAGAAGGUGGUCAAGCAGUCAAGAAGUUGCUUGAGUCAGAAGCAGGUAAUCUCGAUAUUCGUGCUCUGUACGGCUACUACAUUCACAAGGCAAAGAAGCGCACCACGAACCCUGCAGAAGACCAAGAGCAAAGGCAUUACAAGCACACUCUCCAACACCACGACAAGCACGACAGAUACUCCUUGACUGGUAUGGGCAAUCUCUUUCUGCAGGCUGCCAGAGAGAUGCGCAGAGAUACCGAUCAAGACAAGGAGAAGCGUACAAAGACCUAUGUCAGAGCCAUUGAGUUCUUCGACAAGGCUUUGCAGCUUGAUCCCCGCAAUGCUUAUGCUGCCCAAGGUAUUGCUAUUGCUCUCAUCGAAGACAAAAAGGACUAUGCCACGGCGAUCCAGAUCUUUACUAAAGUUCGGGAAACCCUGAAGGAUGCCAGUGUCUUCAUUAACAUGGGCCAUGCCUUUGUCGAGGUCAAGCAAUUCGCACGCGCAAUUGAGAGUUACGAGGCCGCACUCGCCAAGGAUCGCUCACAUGACCCCAGCAUUCUUGCUUGUCUUGGUCGCGUCUGGUUGAUGAAGGGUAAGCAAGAGAAGAACAUGCCGGCUAUGAAGACGGCACUCGAAUUCUCGAACCGGGCUCUGGAAUCGACGCCUGAUCAAGUUCACUUCAAGUUCAACGUUGCCUUUGUUCAGAUCCAGAUCGCUCAACUCAUCUACACGCUGCCUGAAGCCACAAGGACUCUCGUUGACCUCGAGAAUGCCGCGCAUGAUCUUGAUGAAGCUAUUGAGAGUCUUAUGGUCAUCGCUCGCGCACCGAACCCACCUUUCCCAAAGAACGACAUUGAGCAGCGUGCCAACAUGGGAAGAAACACCAUGCGCAAGCAGUUAGAUCGUGCUUUGCAGAGUCAGCGCGACUUUGAAGAGAAGAACGCGUCCAGACUUGAAACAGCUCGCCAACAGCGUGAAGCCGAGAUUCAAAAGCGUGAAGAUGAAAAGCGAAAGUUGGAGGAGGCAAAGGAAGAGCGCCGAAGAAAAAUUGUCGAGGAGAGACAGCGCAUGCAAGAGCAAGAUCGUGAGAUUGUGGAGCAGAAGAUUGAGGAAGAAGCUGAACGCAAGGCUCGCGAAGACGCUGAACUUACCACUGAUGAAGAGACUGGCGGGCGCAAGAAGAGAGACAAGAAGCCCAAGGGCGCCAGAAGGAAGAAGAAGGGUGGCGACAGCGACUCGGACAUCAUCAACGACGAGGAUGAGGGUUCCGACGCCGAUGGCAAUGGUGACUUCGGAGGCAGCGAAAAGCGACAAAAGUCAAAACGACGCAGCACUUCAGCCGCUUCUGACGACGAGGACGGCGAGAAGCCUAAAAAGAAGAAGCGCAGAAAGCUGGAAAGAAAGGGCAAGGUCGCUGAACCGAAGGGCAAGUUCAAGAGCUCAGAGGUUGUUGUUGACAGCGACAGCGACGAUGACGCUGUUGCUACCGCGAACGAAAACACAAGACUUGCCGAAAAGAUCAACGAUGAGGAUGACGCUCAGAAGGAGGCUCGAGCAGAUGAGGCCGACGAGUCCAUGGCUGAGGGAGAGGAUGAUGAUGCCGUUGUUGAAAGGCGGAGAAAGAAGCCAGCUCGUGUGAUCGACGAUGAUGAAGAUGAGGACGAGGAUGAGGCUCCAGCUGCCAACGGUGGGGAUGUCUCCAUGGUUGACGAGACAGUCUCUGCAGCCGGCAACGAGAAUGCUCCAGACUCAUAG